AUGUCUUACUACGACCCCUAUGCUCGUCCACCCUCGGGCCCUCCAGGUCCUCCCGGCCCUCCCGGUCCCUAUGAUCAACGCCCACCCUACGAUCAGCGUCCAUCCUACGAUCAACGGCCCCCUGCACCAUACGACCAACGCCCACCAUAUGACCAACGUCCACCCUAUGACCAGCGGUCCCAAUAUGACCAACCCCCGCCAGCACCUGCCUACGACAACCGGCCCACCUACGACCGCGCCGCCUACAGUGCCCCACCCCCCAUGGCUCGUCCUCCUCCCGGUCCCCCUCCCUCUCUGCCCAUGGGCUGGCACCAGGAAUGGGAGCCCACCAUGCGGCGCGCCUUUUGGGUCGAAGACGCUACCGGCCGCGCCCAGUGGGAGACGCCUCAGCCGGGCGCCAGUCAGGGCUACUACAACGACGGGUCACGCAGUGUGCCUCCUCCCCAGGAGGGCGGAGCCGCAGCCGGCUUCUAUUCACCUCCGCCGGGCCCACCUCCCAUGGGCUAUGAUGCACGCGGCUACGGAAAUGGAUAUCCGCAGUCGCCGCCUGCCGAAGAGGAGAAGAAGAAGAGUAAUGCGGGCAAGUACCUGGCGAUGGGAAUGGCGGGUCUGGCGGUGGGUGGUAUUGCUGGCGCGAUCAUUGAGCAUGAACAUGAUGAAGAGAGCAGUUCCGAUGAAGAGAAGCGUGAAGAAGAGCAAGAAGAGGAGAUCCAACGGGCUCGUCAAGAGGCUUAUUACGAGGGACGUGUCGACCAGGCCGAGGAGGAUGAGGAGGACGAUGAUGGCUGGUAA